ACGCCGUCCGUGGGCGCGCACGCCUCGUCGUCUCCCUUCAGAGGCGGACGAGCCAAUGAGCUCCGUCGGGUUGAAAGGUUGCCGAGGCAGCCGAGUGGGCGUGGUUUAGGCACGGCCAGGCAGCUGUCGGAGCGAGGCUGGAGCGCGAGCCGGAAGGAGGGAUGGUCGGCUGGGAGAAGGAGCUGCGGAUCCGCUUCACGCCGGGCAGCUGCUGGCUCGAGGAGGAUGAGAUUGAUAUCCCAGAGAGACGUAUUCUGAUUACGGGUGCCACUGGGCUUCUUGGCAGAGCUGUGUAUAAGGAAUUUAAAGCAAAUAAUUGGCAUGCUGUUGGCUGUGGCUACACUAGAGCUAGGCCCAGGUUUGAACGAGUUAAUCUCCUGGAUGUUGCUGCUGUUCAUAAUCUCAUCCAGGAUUUUCAGCCCCAUGUGAUAGUGCACUGUGCAGCGGAAAGAAGGCCAGAUGUUGUAGACAGUCAACCAGACGUUGCUUCUCAGCUCAAUGUUGCUGCUUCAGGGAACAUAGCAAAAGAAGCAGCCGAAGUAGGAGCAUUUUUGAUCUACAUUAGUACAGAUUAUGUAUUUGAUGGAAGAAAUCCUCCCUAUAAGGAAAACGAUGGACCAAAUCCCCUCAAUCUUUAUGGCAAAACUAAGCUUGAAGGUGAAAAGGCAGUUCUUGCAAACAGUGAUGAUGCCGCCGUGCUUAGAGUUCCCAUUUUAUAUGGAGAGGUUGAAAGCUUGGAAGAGAGUGCUGUGACGGUUAUGUUCGAUAAAGUGCAAUUCAGUAACAAGUCAGCCAACAUGGACCAUUGGCAGCAGCGGUUUCCUACCUAUGUAAAGGACGUAGCUAGUAUUUGCCAACAGCUGGCAGAGAAGAGAAUGGAGGAUCCAUCUAUAAAAGGAAUAUUUCACUGGUCUGGUAAUGAGCAGAUGACUAAGUAUGAAAUGGCAUGUGUAAUGGCUGAUUCUUUCAAUCUUCCCAGUAGCCACCUGAGACCAAUCACUGAUAGCCCAGUAGUGGGUGCUGCUCGUCCCAGGAACGCUCAACUGGACUGUUCUAGACUGCAGAUGUUGGGCAUUGGACAACAAACUCCAUUUCGAAUUGGGAUUAAGGAAUCUCUUUGGCCUUUCCUUACUGACAAGAGGUGGAGACAGACUGUCUUCCAUUAGUUUGUCAAUAGUCUAGUGUAUUAUGGAAUGAGGCACUUUUAAAAAGGGGGAGGGAGAAUAGUUUUGUAUUGAUGUUCUAUGUUUCAAGUUCAAUCAGGUAAAAAUAUGGUCUUGCACUAGUAAGAUGUUAAAAGAGAGUAACUGGCAAAAAAAAAAACACAUUGGGGUGAUUUUUGAAAAUCCGUAUUUGUUGCUGGCUUGCCAGACAUAUAGCCAAGAACCAAUGACUAUUCCAUCAGUAGCUGUUGAGAUGAAGAUCUGUUUCCUCAUAGCUGAAACAUAGAUUUGGUGUUUAUAUAUUUGCCUUGCUGUUCUUAAUCUUCCUUACUGCCAAAAAGCACAUUUUUUUCAUCAUUUUUGAAGUAAACUAAUAUGAUGGAAACGCUGGAGUUUCCCUUGCUUUGCUUGAGCGAUGAUCAAAGUAUUCUAAAGCAAUGCUUUAUUUUUGCAGGUAGUGUAUAAUUUUGACGCUUGAGAGAUUUUCAUAAUGUUCUGCAUUUCGAAACUCUUGCAGCUUUCUAUUUGUACAGGACAGUUCACACACCUCUCUAUCAUGUGCAUGCUUAUGUACACAUGUCAGUCUGGAGAGUGAGACCUUUAUUUUGUUGUGACAGAGGCAUGAGAAUAUGUAUGUUUCACUCCAUUAUUUCUUGAUGUUUCUUUUAGACAUUUGGAUACCGUAGAAACCAGAGGGGUCUCAAUAAAGAACCUGUUAACAAA